AUGUAUCGGCAGAUUUUAAGAAUUUCUCGAGCUGGAAGAACAAAAUCAGCACAAUUCAACUGCCCCCGUCAAGUCGAGCGACAACUUUGCUCCAAAAGUGACGAGGUGCGACUGGCUCAAGAGGCCAGUAAGAAGUACACCUCUGCUCCAACCAUCUUCUCCAAAGUCAUCGACAAAAGCCUGCCUGCUGACAUUAUUUAUGAAGAUAAGAAGUGUUUGGCUUUCAGAGAUAUAAGUCCUCAGGCUCCGGUCCAUUUCCUGGUCAUUCCUAGAGUCCCUAUUCCCAGGAUAAGUGAAGCCAAAGAUGAUGACAGUGAGCUACUUGGGCAUUUGCUGGUUGUGGCCAAAAAUGUUGCAAAGAAGGAAGGUUUGCAGGAGGGAUACAGAAUAGUUAUAAAUGAUGGAAAGCAUGGCGCCCAAUCUGUUUAUCACCUUCACAUCCACAAAACUGAAGAGGUUAAACAAGGAUGA